AUGUUUCUCUCUCGAGCAGCUAAGCGGGCGUGCUGCCUGGACUCGCGCCUCCUGCCGCCGACCUUCCUGCUCCCUUUCACCGCACAAUUGAGCAGCGUUUCGCACACGACCGACGCAUCAAACACUCCCGAAGUUCUUCUCAACUCCUCCGCCGCAAAAGUCGACUCUCCUCCCAAGUCAACAGCUGCUACAACUGCUCCUCCUUCGGCCAGCCAUGCCCCGGCAUCCGCACCUAAGCUUCCUACACCCUCUCAAUCGCCUCCGGCCUUGAGCGAUUCUGUCCGUGAAUUGUUGCCUGUACUUCGCGCUCAGGGUCCCCACUACAUUACCGCACACAUCUAUGAUCGCCCUUAUCUCUUGACUGAGGGUGAUACUCUGCGCGUGCCGUUCCUCAUGCACGGCGUUCAGCCCGGCGAUGUCCUGCGUUUAACUCACGCCUCGUCACUCGGUUCGCGAGACCUGACUCUGAAAGCCGGUGCCCAACCUGCCAACUCUCGAUCACCCACUGCAUCCACUAUCUCGGUUGUCAAUCCCACACCUGGCAGCGUCUUGACCACCGAGAGCAGAAGGAUGCCUGACGGAGGCCACUUUGUGCCACAUCUUGCCAAGGGCAAGCACGUCUAUGUCGACGACAGACUAUUCGUGUGCAGAGCCACUGUCAUGGGUACCGAGGCUGAGCCUAUGCGUAUCAAGGAGAAGACAAAGCGCAGACAAAGGAGGGUCAAGACUGUCAAGAGCAAGCACCGCUUCACUGUGCUCAAGAUCAAGGAACUGAGGAUAAGAGGUCUGGACGAGAUUGAGAGUGGUAUCGACGUUUAA